AUGAAAAUACUACAUCCUGUAGAGCGAGGGUCGAGGCGUGAUGACGACGAAAUCGACGACAAGUGCGACGCCCUGCGCAAGCAGCUCCAGGCCAAGGCGGAGAAGGACGGAGACAGCAACGACAAGGGCGCGAGCAGCCACGCCCGCGCGGUCCAGAAGGAGAAGCAGAUCGCGCAACUCAAGGACGCGUUUGGCAUUCGCAGCACGUACCGCGACGGUGCGAGCUUUGACUUCGAUGCGCAAGCGGCGCAGCGGCUCGAGCGGCAAGAAGAGUUUGAGCGCAAGCAGCAGGCCAAGGAGACCACAGAGCGUCGCCGCCUGCGCGAUGCUUCCUCGGGUAAGAAGGAGAAGCGCAAGCGACGCAAGCGGUCUCCGUCAUCCAGCUCGUCGUCAUCGAGUUCAUCGUCGUCCGACGCGUCCUCCGAUUCCAGCGACGACGAAAGUGCGCGGGCCGCUCGUCGAGAGCCAGCGAGCGACCGGAAGAGCCGAUCCCGCAGCCGCCAGAACGGCGCGCACGAAAAUGCACCCGGUACCCGUGCUAGCCCCAAGCGUCGCACCCCGAGCCCGAACAAACGCGAGGCAAGCCUGCGCCGUCCGCCAGUCCUCGCCGCAGAAGCGCUAGCCCUCGACGUCGUAGCCCCAGUCCUCGUCGUCGGAGCCCCAGUCCUCGUCGUCGGAGCCCCAGUCCUCGUCGUCGUAGCCCCAGUCCUCGUCGUCGGAGCCCCAGUCCUCGUCGUCGGAGCGUCUGAGCCGUGGUCGUCGCAGUCCGAGCCGUGGUCGUCGCAGUCCGAGCCGUGGUCGUCGGAGCUCAAGCCCUCGACGACGCAGUCCCAUGGGCCGGCGCCGUAG